AGAUAACCUUGAGAGACUGAAGCCUAUGAGAAGAGCAACUGCAAAGCAAAAAUCCCGAUUGUAAAGCAUUUUUACCUACUUUUAUUUCUGUUUAAAAUCCCUACUCUACAAAAAUGGCCGCUGGACUGCAAAUAAUAUUGGCCAUUGUUAUGUUUCUGACGACUGCUAUAGCAGGAUUUCUACCCAUCAAGCUCUUGAGCUAUCUCGACAAGAAACAGCGUGACAAUAAAAAACAUGGAACUUGGCUAUCAUUGCUCUCUUGUUUUUCCGGUGGAGUAUUUCUCGGCACAUGCUUCCUUGACAUUAUUCCACACAUCAAUGAGAACUAUGAGGACUUCAAAUUGGAAUCCAACGCGACCAUUGAGUUUCCGCUACCUCAGUUUUGUACUUGCAUUGGAUUCUUCUUGGUGUACUUGAUCGAGGAAAUAUGCAUGAAGGUGUUUUCGAUGAAGCACGAUCACCACCAUAGCAGUUCUGUCGUGAAAGUCGAGAAAGCGCCACCACCACCACCAGGGCCGCCAACUCACAAGGAGAAUCUCAACCUCAGAAGUUGCGAGGCUCUUCUGAAGGACAACUGCGAACUGCCGAGGAACGGAUGCCAGACUCACAGAUUCAGCCUGGUAAUGGAGGAGACGGCGAACUACGCCGUUGCAGACCCGCACGAGGGAUCGCUGCUGAAGUCGAUCACCUUCGCUGUCGCCAUGUCAUUUCACUCCAUUUUGGAAGGUUUUGCCCUUGGUGUGCAGAGCACCACUGCUCGGAUAGUCACACUGUUCGUAUCGCUGAUUCUGCACAAAGGCGUUGAAGCCUUCUCCGUUGGAUUGCAAAUAUCAAAAGGAAACAGCGAUAAGUUGAAAGCUGUGGUGGCCACCAUUCUAGUUUACGCAUUGAUGACUCCUUUGGGUUCCGGGCUUGGCACACUUUUGCAGUUAUCCAAUAUUAGCAAGCUGUGGAAGGAUGGUGCUGUUCUAAUCCUGGAAUCGCUUGCUGCCGGAACAUUUAUCUAUGUCACCUUCCUUGAGGUACUGGCUCAAGAAAAAGACAAAGGACACAACAGCCUGAAGCAAUUGCUUGCAAUCUUUAUCGGGUUCGGAGUAGUUGCUGGUUUACAACUCGCUUUCGGUGAUCAUGAUGGCGGCCACGAAGGACCCCACCUUCACACGAUACCUCUUACUAGCACUCCUUUACCGCUGCACUAGCGCUGGUGGGGUACCAAAUAGGAGCGAACAGUGGGCGAGUUGCAUGUUGGAGAGUUGCUCGAUAAGGAACUAAUCGUCGCCAUCACUUCACCCUUUCCCACCUAGCAGUUUUGCUCUUCCCAUUCUUUUCACUCCCAUCCCAGGCAUCAGUCCAUCAUAUCAAUGGUCGUUUCGACAGAUCAUUACCAUGUAGCUUUAUUCUUAGACCAGGAACAGGUGAUUUCUCCUCGUGAAAUCUUUCGUUUCAUAUCGGUUUGUGUGUGUACUCGCGCUGAACGCGAGGGCAACCUGUAUCUCGCUGUCGUUGAACCACUCAAUAUAUGGGUAGAAACGCGUUUGAUUCACUUAUUUUUUCUUUUUGUUUUUUUCAGUUGAUAAGUACUUGUUGUCAGACUAGAAUAAAUAUAUAAUCAAUG